AUGGCCACUUCUCUAGACCUAAACAACGACUUUCUCUGCUCCAAUCCCCAACAACAACAACAGACAGAACCCCAAGAAAAUUCUUCUCCUUCUUUUACAGAAACGGUGUUGCUUGGUUCGCCGAGCGGGUCCCUGAGCGGAGAGGCUCGUGUGGAGCGUGCAUGGGCUCAUUGGAGUAAACUGGGUCGGCCCAAGUUGAUUGUGGCUCCCAUGGUGGAUAAUUCGGAGCUGCCGUUUAGAAUGCUUUGCAGGAAGUAUGGAGCUGAGGCUGCUUAUACUCCGAUGUUGCAUUCCAGGAUAUUUAGUGAGAAUGACAAGUAUAGAAGAGAGGAAUUCACCACUUGUAAGGAAGAUCGCCCAUUAUUUGUCCAAUUUUGCGCCAAUGAUCCAGAUGUUUUAUUGGAAGCAGCACGGAGGGUUGAAUUUGAAACAUCGAAAGAGCAACAGAAACAAAAAAAUUCUACUUCUGACAGGCUGAAAGUUGAACAAGACAUUGGGACGAAAUCUAUGAAACUUAUUCCUGGCUAUGUUACAUCUUUCAAGCCUAUAAGGGAGCUUCUGCCAGCACAGAUGCUUCCCCUGCUGCAGAUAUUUAGAAUUAUCUUAGUCACAUCGCCACGGAUUGCCAGGCGAGGUUACUAUGGAGCUUUCCUGAUGGAUAAUCUUCCACUUGUGAAAUCUUUAGUUGAAAAAUUGGUUCUCAAUCUUCAUGUCCCCGUGUCAUGCAAAAUCCGGGUCUUCCCCAAAUUAGAAGACACUAUUAAUUAUGCUAGAAUGCUAGAGGAAGCUGGCUGCUCGCUUUUAGCUGUCCAUGGCAGAACAAGAGAUGAGAAAGAUGGAAGGAAAUUCCGGGCUGACUGGAAGGCCAUCAAGGCUGUAAAAAGUGCUCUCAGAAUCCCAGUUCUCGCUAAUGGGAACAUACGGCACAUGAAUGAUGUCAAGAACUGUUUGGAAGAGACUAGUGCUGAUGGUGUGCUUUCAGCUGAGACCCUCCUUGAGAAUCCGGCUCUCUUUGCUGGAUUUCGGACUGCAGAAUGGGCAGCUGAUGGAGAAGAAAGCAACAAAGACGGAACGCUGGACCAGGCAGAUUUAUUAGUGGAGUAUUUGAAACUUUGUGAAAAGUACCCUGUGCCAUGGAGGAUGAUCCGUUCUCACGUGCACAAGAUGCUGGGAGAGUGGUUCAGAAUUCAUCCUCAAGUAAGAGAAGAUCUGAACGCACAAUCCAGACUGACCUUUGAAUUUCUAUAUGAUAUGGUUAAUCGACUAAGAGAGCUGGUCAUGCCAGGAGGGAAAUUUGCACGUUUCAAUCACCGAUCGAAAGAUUUGAUAAAGAGAAAGGAAAGAAUAGAGAUUGAUCUAUCACCAAGGUUGGCAAAGGAAGUGUACGGAGGAGAUGGUGGGUCUUACUAUGCAUGGUGCCCAUCUGAGUUAGCAAUGUUAAGAGAAGGGAACAUAGGUGCAGCCAAGCUUGCCCUUGAGAAGAAUGGCUUUGCUCUUCCUCGUUACUCUGAUUCUGCCAAGGUUGCAUAUGUUCUUCAAGGAAAUGGAGUAGCUGGGAUUGUUCUUCCUGAGAAGGAAGAGAAGAUUGUUGCCCUUAAGAAGGGUGAUGCUAUUGCCCUUCCUUUUGGCGUUGUUACAUGGUGGUAUAACAAAGAGGAUACUGAACUAGUUGUUCUUUUAUUGGGUGACACCUCUAAAGCCCACAAAUUUGGUGAAUUUACUGAUUUCUUUUUGGCUGGCUCCAAUGCCAUUUUCACCGGCUUCUCUAUCGAAUUUGUGAGCCGAGCAUGGGAUGUAGAUGAGGAGGCUGUGAAGUCCCUUGUUGGAAACCAGACGGCCAAAGGCAUCGUCAAGCUUGAUGAAUCUUUUAAGAUGCCUGAACCAAAGGAAGAACACCGCGAGGGAUUUGUAUACAACUGUGAGGAAGCUCCACUGGAUGUUGAUAUUAAGGAUGGUGGAAAGGUGGUUGUUUUGAAUACCAAGAACCUUCCUUUGGUUGCUGAGGUUGGGCUUGGUACUGAUCUUGUAAGAUUGGAUGGGGGUGCCAUGUGCUCGCCUGGUUUUUCAUGUGACUCGGCAUUACAAGUGACAUACAUUGUCAGUGGCAGUGGCAGAGUUCAAGUUGUUGGUGUUGAUGGUCGCAGGGUCUUGGAAACUACUGUCAAGGCUGGUAAUUUAUUCAUUAUUCCAAGGUUCUUUGUUGUUUCAAAGAUAUGUGAUCCUGACGGGAUGGCAUGGUUCUCCAUCAUCACCACUCCUAACCCCAUAUUCACUCACUUGGCUGGAAGGACUUCAGUGUGGAAGGCUUUAUCUCCUCAAGUGCUGGAAGCAUCUUUGAAGGUCUCUCCUAAUGUUGAACAGCUUUUCCGCUCCAAGAGAAUGAAUGAGGAAAUUUUCUUUCCACCUCCAAAGUGA